AUGACUGUUGUUACUCUUCCCGAACCCUUUGCUAGCAUCCCCCGAGAGAACUUUCUCUUCGGCGCAUCGCCUCUUCAGCCCCUCCCCAGAAUAUCCGCUGCUCUCGGUGGAAAGGUCAACGUCUAUGCGAAGCGCGAGGACUGCAACUCCGGUCUCGCCUACGGCGGUAACAAAGUCCGAAAGCUAGAGUACCUCGCCGCCGAGGCCCAAGCCCAAGGCUGUGAUACCCUCGUCUCCAUCGGCGGCGUCCAGUCCAACCACACCCGCGCCGUAACCGCCGUCGCUACAAAGCUCGGUCUCAAAGCCGCCACCGUUCAAGAACACUGGGUUGACUGGGAAGACCCCGGCUAUGAAAAGGUCGGUAACAUUCAGCUCUCGCGACUCAUGGGCGGUGAUGUGAGGCUCGACCCUUCGACAUUCGGAAUUGAGCACAAGACAACCCUCGCCAAGCUCACAGAUGAGCUCAAGAGCAACGGCCGCAAGCCAUACUACAUCCCCGCUGGAGCUUCAGACCAUCCCCUCGGCGGUCUAGGCUUCGCACGAUGGGCAUUUGAAGUUGAAGCCCAAGAGAAGGAACUAGGAAUCUUCUUCGACACCAUCAUCGUAUGCGCCGUAACAGGCUCUACAUUCGCCGGCAUGAUCGCCGGCUUCAAACUCGCCCAGAAGAACGGCUCUCCCGCGCGCAAGAUCAUCGGCAUCGACGCCUCUGGCAAAGUCCAGCAGACAUUCGACCAAGUCCUGCGCAUCGCCAAGUCCACAGCCGCCAAGAUCGGCCUCAGCGAGGACGACAUCACAGCGGAGGACGUGAUCCUCGACCCCAACUAUAACGCCAAGAUCUAUGGUAUCCCUGACGAGACGACCAUCGAGGCUAUGAAGUUUGGCGCUGCUACGGAGGCGUUCAUCACGGAUCCUGUGUAUGAGGGCAAGAGUUUGGCGGGCAUGAUGGACUUGAUCAAGACGGGAAAGAUUGCGAGUGGGAAUGUGCUUUAUGCUCAUUUGGGAGGCCAAUUGGCGCUUAAUGCUUAUUCUUCCCUGUGA